CAGAUUUGGCUUCCUAGGCUGCCUGCUGUGGUGACGACUCCUUCUGUUGUCCUUUGCUACCCUGAGCUGCAUCACGCUGCAUCACGCGGAGCUGCGGACCGGCGUCGCGGCUGAAACACUACAGAACGGCCUUCUAAACAGAAGAGAAAGAAAAAAACCGAGUACUUCAGACUCACGGAAAUAAAAACUUGGAUAAAUUUUUUUGACCCUUAGGUGCUAUUCUGUAAAAUCUUCAGUAAUGGAUCAAAGAAAGAAUGACAGUAUUGUCCCCAGUAUCACUCAACUAGAAGAUUUUCUUACAGAACACAAUUCCAAUGUUGUUUGGCUUCUUGUUGCUACCAUUUUGUCUUGUGGUUGGAUUAUUUAUCUCACAUAUUACAAUUCUCGGAAUGUUGGGCUUAUUUUAACACUGGUUCUUAACAGAUUAUACAAGCAUGGCUAUAUCCACAUUGGUUCCUUUUCUUUCUCUGUUCUUUCUGGAAAAGUCAUGGUUCGUGAAAUCUAUUACAUUACAGAAGACAUGUCUAUUAGAAUUCAAGAUGGAUUUAUCAUUUUUCGGUGGUGGAAGAUGUAUAACCCAAAGCAGAAGCAGCAUGAUCCAAAGGCAGAAACAAGGUUAUACAUCACAGUUAAUGACUUUGAAUUUCAUGUCUACAAUCGCUCAAAUCUUUAUGGACGCCUUCAAGAGUUGUUUGGUUUGGAACCAACAAUAAUUCCACCCAAGAAAGAUGAUGAUAAAACUCGGGAAAAUGGAAGAACUCAGUCCAAAAUUGAAAGGUUCAAUGUCACACUUGACUUUUAUCCAACAUUUAGUAUUUGCUUUUAUUAGAAUAUCAUUGAAGCUGUCACCUAAUCAGAAUCUAAUCUUUGUUUUGUUUUUUUUUUGUGGUACUGGGAUUUGAACUCAGGGCCUCACAUUUACUAGACUAGACUUAUUGCUUGAGCCACUCCA